UGACAUGCCUAAUUGGUGAAAAUGUCUGUGCACUUUUAUGUGGGAAAAAUGACGACGAAAGGAACGAAUUGCUAAGACAACUGUACAAUAAUGAUGCAAACGCGGUCCAGAAUAAUGACAACUGUCCCACAAUUCAGCGGUCUCUUUCUCCUUGGGCAAGUACUGGUGGCGUAUCUAGAGCUGACACCGAAGAAAGUGACGAUAAAAAAUUCAUAAACGCCGGAGUGUGGGUGUCCACGAUAUUCUUCCUGUCGGUCUCCAUCGCUUUCGGACUGGCCUCUUCGGCCCUGUCCAUCUGGAACAUCGUCUCCAAUCCCGUGCAGGUUUACUUCAGCAUAUUCGGCCUGUAUAUCUCCAACGCUAUAGCCCUCACAUGCACUGUGAUAGGGAUGUGUCUGUGGGGAGUGAUGCACAUCCAGAUCACAUUCCACGACGUCGGUAUCUUUUACACUUUGUCGGGGCAGAUGACUUCGGAUAAAAGCGCUGGAUUGGGAUAUUCGUACUGGAUACUCUUCGUACCCAUCAUUUUUUACUGCGCCAGCAUAAUCUUGCUCUACGUCCGUCAUUUCUUGCUAUCCAGAGAUCCAGGCCAUAAACGGGUACAACGAGAAGAUGUUGCAGAUCCUGGGAUCUACUUGUACUAAAAUAACAUUAAUUUAUAUCUAGAACGGUGUGUUUUUGAAAACUGUGGUAUAGUUUCUUUGAUUGUGCAAUUGUCAUAGUAGGUAUUCGUUCUUGGGGCCACCAAUCACAUUAUUUUUUAAUUUAUUUAUGCAUUUUUAACUAUUAAAAAAGGAUAAAUGUUUUUUCACCUCAUAGAGAGGCACCAUUGCUUUUUUAUUUUAUAACUUUAGGUAUCGUUAAACUUUUAUAACAAAGAUAAAUGAAAAUAGGAAUGAAAUAUUGAACAAUCAGUUACAUAUCAUAUCGAUUAUUUAUUUUUAAGUAUUGUAUAGAUAUAGAUAUGAGAAUGUCAAAUAUAUUUUAUAGGAAU